AUGAGUCCAGAGUUGAAAAACACAUGGACUCCUACGGUCAAUGUCUUGACCUGGUUCCUGCUGGUGACGGCUACUCUAAGCGUCUUGACCCGUCUCGGGACGAAAUAUUUUAUUUUUCGGAAGUGGACAUUUGACGAUGGCCUUGCGACUGCUUCUCUGGUCUUCUGCAUUGCGCAGUCCAUUGCGAUCUCGAUGGCUACGAAGAAUGGACUUGGACAGCACCUUCACAUGCUGUCCGUUCUCCAAGUGGAAAGUGUAAUGAAAGCUGAAUACUCCGCUACCUUUCUAUUCAUCGCCAGCAUUUGCUUCUCGAAACUCUCGGUUUUAAUUUUCAUUCGCAACUUGACUCCCGCACCCUUGGAUCGCCGCUUUGCACUCGUGUUGGGAAUAUUUAUUGGGCUGUGGACUAUUACCAGCAUAUUCACGGCUGCGUUCCAGUGUCAGGUGCCACAGACAUGGAAUUAUGUAAAGGGGACUUGUUUCGACCGAGUGAGUGAUAGGUCCAUUCUGAGGAAUAUAGCAAUCGCUGACCGCGGACCAGAGUGCGUGGUGGAGAUAUCUCGGAGUCACAAAUAUAUUGUCAGAAGGCGGGAUUAUAGGCCAAGCGCUGCUGGUUAUCGUUCGGAUCCAGACCGAUUUUAG